UCAUCGUCGUCAUCGUCGUCGUAUGACUCGAGAAACAAGAACGUUUCGUCCAGGCACCGAUUAGGCCGGACGAUACGCUUAUAUACUCGCGUAUCUUUGACGACGAGCCCGAAGAUCGUGCGGUCUCGCUCGCUCGCUCGGUUGCGGUAGCGGUUGCGCGCGCGCGCGCCCACGCGCCUAUUCGGUACGGAAUACCGAACGGCAACAUCGCACUGCUCCCGAAGCGGCGCGCACUUCGUGCAAGUUCGACGGUCGUAACAGCGGGCCGACGGCGAGACGAUGGCGGGACGGCAAUGGCGGCGGCAAUGGCAAUGCAUUGUAAACAACAGCAACGACGAGUGCCGACGGAUAUAUACGCUUGUGUAUAUAUGUGUAUACAUAUAUAUACAUAUCUGGCUUAUUAGCAGUCUCUUCUUGUCGAUACCGCCAAGAUGAUGCGCUCGCUUCAACGACAAUGCAUUUUUAGACUUUCCAUGUCCGUCUGUUCGUACAUACGCCUGCUCAUGCGUCCGUCCGUCCGUCCGUCUGUCAGUCCGUUCGUCCGUUUUUCCGUUCGUGCGAUCUAAAAACUCGCUUCUCGAAGCGUUCGAAAGUUCGUACACGCGCGCGCAGCGUUAUAUGGAUCGUGGAUCGAAGCGUACCACACGAUUCUGGACAUACGGAGAGAGUGGCGAUGGCCAAUCAACCCUUUAGGCAGCCCAACGCAAAGAGACGAGCAUUGGUUACUCUCGAGAUUCUACGGCAAUUAGACCAACGCGCACGUUCGUUAUUGCAGCUGUACUACUGUCAUGUUCUGAAAUCUAAACUGUGAUUUCACAGGAAGGAUUGGGAUCGUCGUGUUGAAUUGUUUUUACGUCCUCUAUAUCUUCCAAAAAUAUUCAUUAAUUCAGUGAUGUCACGAGACUAUGAUAGAAGGAGAGGAGGCAGUGGUAGCAGCUCGAGCAAGCUUAGGAUGGACACUAGCGUCUCCCAAACUAGACCACACGGUGAAAGUUCGAGCAAACGGAGGGAAUUAGAUACCGUCAUGCGAAAAGCUCGUGAGUCUCAGUCGAGCUAUUGGAAUAAAAAGCUUUUGGAAGUAGAAGAACGUGAUCCGAAUAGAUGGCGACACAGUGGAUAUAAAGAACUUUAUGUCGGAGGUACGUCGAGUGGAGAACCGAGUAGAAGUCAUCCACGUAGUUCAAGAAGCCCUAGACCAAGAAGUCCACACAGCCCACGACCACGUAGCCCUCGUACUAGAAGCCCUAGAUCACCGCGAGAACGUUCUCAUACAAGAGGAAGAGCUGCGAGAAGUCCUAGUACAGGAAGCACCUGUUCGGACAGAUCAUGUUCCGUCUGUUCGCCGAAGGAACGUCGUCGUAUAGCACCACCGUCUCGUUCGCGUUCAAGAUCAAUUACACCGGUACGUGCGCGUGCGCAUCCUAAAGAGGUUGUGCCUUCGAGUUCGCGUACUCUGCCACCUCGUACUAGACCGAGAUCACCACCUUUACCACGUCCGCGAACACCACCCCCCGCACCUCAACCUCCACAAAGACAUCAGAAGGAUUACAAGGCUCUAAAAGAAAAAGAAGUCAAGGUUAGACGCAAGGAGAAACAUCACAGCAGAUUGCCAGAGGAUCCAAGAGUUCCUGAACCUAUACCAUUGAUGCGCAAACCUGUAAAAGUAGAAAAGACACAUUCGAGUCAUGGAGCACCGCCCAUGAUGCGUCAACCACCGGACUCUUCGCCUAGUGAAGAUAGUGACAGUUCUUCUACAACGUCCCAUGUAGGACCACCAAGAAUGACGCUAUCGGAACGGUUCGGUAAAAUGGCUCAGUGGAGCGUAGAUCGUAGAGACAUGGAAAACAUGCGUAUCACUAAAGAUGGAGAAAAUGCUAUGAAAGUUGUAAUAGAGGGUGAAGAAAGAAUCGCUCGAUUGGGAUACGAAUCUCCACCUCCUGGACAUUAUCCUGAAUCAUUAUUAGCCCAAGGACCAAGAGGUUUAGAAUGUUGGGACGAUGUACGAGUUCGAUACGAUUAUUACAAAGCAAGAGGAUAUUUACGAGACCUCACUUUAGACGACUACAUCAAAUGGGAAGAAUGGUGGUAUAAAUAUCAAGAAUGGUUAGAGGCGGAACGAUUUUACGAACAAUGGGCCUCAUCUAAUCGUUCUUCUGGAGGAGGCCGCAAAAGACGCGGACGGCGAAAUAAUGCUGCCCAUUAAAAAACAAAAAAAAAAUGAAAAAAAAAACAAUAAUAAAAAGGAAUUAAAAAGAA